UCCUGACGUCACGGUUGCACACCCUGGAGGGGGCGGGGAGAAGCAGGAGCCUGGGUCUGGACUGGAAUUGAAUGUUUGGCGGCUCCUGCUGAGGGAGCAGCUGUGGCACUGCUGUGUUUUCUUCUGGCAUUUUUCGCAUCAGGGCCUGGUGCCAAGAAUGUCAACAAGAGUUUUGGCUUUUGCUCCCGAGACAGAAAUUCAGAGAAUAGCAACAAAGAGAAUGGCUGCAUCUCCAGUAAAUGCUCACCAGUUCUUUAAAGAUUACAUCGUUGAAUCUUGACAACCACAUAGCAUAAUGUGUCUCCUUGUAUCCUCCCUUGUCCAUUACUGUGAGGACAUAAAUUUACAGUCUUGUCUGUGGUUAUGAUGUCAUUGUUUUAACAGCUGAGUAAGAAACUGGGUGCAGGGUCAGGAAAACCCACAGAAAGCACUAGCCUGGCUCAUAGGAACUCACAGAGUCUGAACCAUCAACAAGGAGCCUGUAUGGGACCAACCUAGACCCUAUUCAUUUAUGUGACAGCAGUGUGGCUUGGUCUGCAUGUGGGACUCCGGUAAACAGGAGGAGGGGCUGACCUGGUGCUUUGAGGACCUGCUCUUGAGAACCUGUCCUCAUGUUAAAUUGAAUACAGGGGGUGGUGCUUGGUCUUAUGGCAGUGUGAUAUGCCAUCCUUUGCUGAAGUGCAUGGGAGGCCUGCCCUUUCUGAGUGAUUACAGAGGAGGGGUGGAUUGAGUAGAGGAUGGAAGACAUGAGGGAGGGGGGACUGGAAAAAGAGGAAAGGGAGGAGAGGCUGUAGUUGAGAUGUAAAAUAAAUAAAUAAAUAAAUUUAAAAAGAAGGCAGUUCUGAAAGGGAUUCCACUGUAAAUGAUCAUCAAAGAAAUAUAUUGAUGCCUAGUUCCUACAGAGGAUAGACUUGUGUCCUCAUACAUUAGUGAGGAAGGGAAGUCUUAGGUGCCAUGCAGGUUGCAUUUUGGGGAGUGCCAGGUUCCCAGAACCAGGCUUACCAAUAUGGCCAUACAAAUACAUAGAUAGUUUUGCUGGUAUCACCAGCAAAUCUAUGGAGAAGUAGAUAGAAGAGACUCACUCUAUUGAAUCUUAAUACUAAAUAGUUCAGUACCAUAGACAGCAUAGAUGAUGGAAGGAAUAAGUAACUUGCUCUGUCUUGAAAACAGUGUUUCUGUGAAAAGAUGCAGAUUGUGGUAUACUGUUUCUCUCUUUGCUAUCACAAUGUGGUGAUGUGUCUUUGGGGUUUUUGACACCUGAAAUGUAUUUGACUCAGGGAAGCUGCUGCUCAUAUCAUCCUCUGGAUUCCAAUGACCAGUGUUAAUAUCUCAAUAGACAGAUCAGUAUUUUCUCUUUUAUUUUGUAUUGUGUUUUAGACAGAGUACCAUUGUGUAAGCAAUGCCAAGUACAUUGCAGUAUGUGGAAUAUAUCUAUAUUGCAUCAUGUGAGAUAUAUCUAUAAGAAAUUUCUAGAAAUUGUUGACUUGGAGCUCUUCAUAAACCAUCAAUUUUCAGAUAUAAAUGAAUGCCUUUAAUGAUGCUGCUGAAGGCUGUCCCACCUUGUGUUUAGAAUAGAGUCACAUGAGGCCCAGCUGCAGCUGGUAUUAAUCCAGUUUCUAUAUUUGAGAAGGUUAAUAGCUAUAGCAUUUGCAAGUACAGUUUGCACAUUGUAAUGUUUCCAACUGAAAUGAGACACCCUUUUCCUGUUUCAUAGCCACAUUCCUUUCAUAAAGGUACAUCCCUGCAUGUAGACCUCAAAUAUUUAAUGUUUACUAGAGUUUAUAUGUCAUCCUGUUUUUAUGAAAUAUGAAAUACAAUAUAGAGUAUGUGUAUUUUAGAAAGUAUCAUUUAUAAUUAACUUUCUUUUUAUGUUUGGGGUAUAUUUGCCUCAAUGUAUAUAUGAGUGCUAUGUGUGACUCCUGCAUGUUGUAUUCAGAAGAAAGCAUUGUAUCCCAUGGAACUUGAGCCAGAAUCAGUUGUGUGAUAAAAUGUGGAUUCUGAGUCUGGAACAUGUGUCCUCUAGAGCAGCAGCCAGUGCUCUUAACUGCUGAACUAUCUUGGCAGAACAUACACAAGUUUUGUCUUUAAAUAAUUGUCAUGCCUCAUCUAUAUCACAAAACUGUCUUUUCUUGGGUGUCUUUUACCUAGGAAAGCAUUUUUUUUUUCUAGAAAAACAUGGGAAUGGAUAAUUUUCCAUUACAGGGUCUGUUGACAUUCAGGGAUGUGGUUGUGGACUUUACCCAAGAGGAAUGGGAAUGUCUGGAGUCUUCUUGGAGGGCUUUAUACAUCGAUGUGAUGCUGGAGAAUUACAACAAUCUAGUCUUUGUAGAGAAACAUCGCACAUGUAGAAAAAAUGAAAAGUUCUUAGAUCAAGACUCAAAGCACAUUGCCUAUCAGUCUGUGAAUAUCCAAAAGAAGCCUAAUAAAUGUAAUAAACUUGGCAAAAUUGUACAUGAAUCAUCCCAACGUACACUUUAUAACACAAAUGAUACUACAGAAAACUGCAACGAAUAUGAUUGUGGCUACCACAUGGAUGCUUCUGUUGAAUUAUCAAACCAUAAAAGUGUGAACAGUGGAGAAAAACCUUGUAAAUAUAAAGACUGUGGAAAACGUACCAACACUAGUCAAAAUCACAGAAAGCACACUGGAAAGAAAGAACACAAAAAUACAGAGUAUGAUGUAUCAUUCGACUCUAAACAUAAACUCACACUCAAACGAUUCCAUAGUAGAGAGAAAAAACACCAAUGUAGGACAUGUGGACAAUGCUUGCUGACCCACUCGAGCCUCAAUAGACAACAGAGAAAUCAUUCUGGAUCAAAAUCCUACAAUUGUGAACUAUGUGGCAAUUGCUUUUCUCAGUUGUAUCAGGUUAAAAAACAUUUCAAAACCCAUACUGGAGAGAAACCUUACAAAUAUAGUGAUUGUAUAAAUUCCUUCACCAGUGUCUCAUGUCUUAUUAAUCAUCAAAGAAUUCACACAGGAGAAAAAACUUACAAAUGCAGAGAAUGUGAGAAAUCUUUUACAUGUAGCUCACAUCUUAGAAGACAUCAGAGACUUCAUACAGGAGAAAAACCUUACAAAUGUAGAGAAUGUGGUAAAUCCUUUACUUGUGGCUCAACUCUUAGAGAACAUCAGAGAAUCCAUACAGGAGAGAAACCAUACAAAUGUAAUGAGUGUGAGAAAUCAUAUAAACAUGGCUCAAGUCUUAGAACACAUCAAAAAAUUCACACAGGAGACAAACCUUACAAAUGUAGUGAAUGUGAGAAAUCUUUUACAUGUGGUUCAAUAUUCAGAAACCAUCAGAGAUUUCAUACAGGAGAAAUUCCUUAUAAAUGUAGUGAAUGUGAGAAAUCUUUUACAUGUAUCUCAACACUUAGAAACCAUCAAAGAUUUCAUAGAGAAGAAAUUCCUUACAAAUGUAGUGAAUGUGAGAAAUCCUUUAUAUCUGUCUCAAAUCUUAGAAGACAUUACAGGAUACAUACAGGUCAAAAACCUUAUAAAUGUAAUGAAUGUGAGAAAUCAUUUCCAUUUGUCUCAACUCUUAAAAAACAUCAAAACACUCAUACAGGUGAGAAACCAUAUAAAUGUAAAGAAUGUGAGAAAUCCUUUACAUAUAGUUCACAUCUUAGAAGACACAAGAGAAUUCAUACAGGAGAAAAACCUUACAUAUGUAGUGACUGUGACAAAGUCUUUACUCGUCUCUCAGGUCUAAGGGAACAUAAAAAAAUUCACACGAGAGAAAAUUUUCAACAGUAAAUAAUAUAGCAUACGUUUUAUUCAAAGCUCUGUUGUAGAGACCACUGCAGGCUUCAUUGUAGAUAAUAAUUAUGAACAUGAGAAACCAUGAAAGUCUUAGAUAAUAUCAAAAAUUUUAUAUUGAG